UCUUCCUGAAGCGUGGUAUCAAAAGAAGUGCUGUUUAACAAGAAUUUCCUUCUCUCCGUUAACGGCGAUGCUUUGAGAUUGGAUUAGACUGCUUGCGCGAAUAAUUAUGCGCAUUGCAGAAAUGCAAGAAGAAAUUUGUUGUUUACGCCGUUUGUACCCUUAGUGGGAUUGUAUUACAUCUUCGUAGUUACGUGAACACUACGUAUUGUAUAUGUCUGUAUUAACGUGAAAAUUAAACUCUAGUUUUAAUAUGUCUGCAAAUAAUAAGUUUUGUCCGACGGAACGUGUAGUGAAAAGUGUUCCAUUCCCUCCUAGUCAUAAACUCUCUACAGUGGAAGUUUUUGAUCCAAAGACCUCCAAACCUCGCACAGAUGUAUUAAAGCAACAUUUUGUACUUGAAGGCCGUAUAGAAGAGUCUGCCGCGCUCAAAAUCAUCAAUGAAGGGGCGACUCUCCUACGGCAAGAGAAAACUAUGAUCGACAUUGAAGCUCCGGUCACAGUAUGUGGUGAUAUCCAUGGACAGUUUUUCGACUUAAUGAAAUUAUUCGAAGUGGGAGGCUCUCCAUCAUCAACUAAAUAUUUAUUUCUUGGUGAUUAUGUAGAUAGGGGAUACUUCAGUAUUGAGUGUGUUUUGUAUUUAUGGGCUUUAAAAAUUUGUUAUCCUACCACAUUAUUUCUUCUUCGAGGAAAUCAUGAAUGUAGGCAUUUAACAGAAUACUUUACCUUCAAAACAGAAUGUAGAAUAAAAUAUUCCGAAAGAGUAUACGAUGCUUGUAUGGAAGCUUUUGACUGUUUGCCCCUUGCUGCACUUAUGAAUCAGCAGUUCCUUUGUGUUCAUGGUGGGUUAUCACCCGAAAUUCACACGCUAGAUGACAUAAAAAAGUUGGAUCGGUUUAAAGAGCCGCCAGCUUUUGGUCCAAUGUGUGAUCUUCUGUGGUCAGAUCCACUGGAAGAUUUCGGUAAUGAGAAAACUACCGAACAUUUCAGUCAUAAUAGUGUUAGAGGUUGCUCUUAUUUCUAUAGCUAUGCUGCAUGUUGUGAGUUUCUACAGCAGAAUAACCUGCUGUCUAUCAUCAGGGCUCACGAAGCACAAGAUGCAGGAUACCGCAUGUAUAGAAAAAGUCAAACGACUGGAUUCCCAUCACUAAUAACUAUUUUCUCUGCACCAAAUUAUUUAGAUGUUUAUAAUAAUAAAGCUGCUGUUCUAAAAUAUGAAAAUAAUAUAAUGAAUAUUCGUCAGUUCAACUGUUCUCCUCAUCCUUACUGGUUGCCAAAUUUCAUGGAUGUCUUCACGUGGUCUCUUCCAUUUGUUGGAGAGAAAGUAACUGAAAUGCUAGUCAAUGUCCUGAACAUUUGCUCUGACGAUGAACUCAUGACAGAUGGCGAAGAGGCGUUCGAGGGCGAAGCGGCUGCCGCUGCAGCAACGGCGCGAAAAGAAGUCAUUCGAAAUAAAAUUCGAGCAAUUGGCAAAAUGGCUCGUGUCUUCUCCGUGCUGAGAGAGGAAAGUGAAAGUGUUUUGCAGCUCAAAGGUCUUACUCCUACUGGUCAGCUGCCCAUUGGCACCCUUCAGGGAGGAAAAGCCUCCAUCAAAAAUGCGCUUGCAGGCUUCUCUCCACAUCACAAAAUCACCAGCUUUGAGGAGGCAAAAGGUCUGGAUAAGAUCAAUGAACGGAUGCCCCCCAGGAAAGACGGACCCCCCACCCCCCAGGGCGAAGACGGAGCGCUGAACAGCAGCUCGUGAGGGUGGCUGCUUAACUGCCCCCUGCACCCCCGAGGGUCCGACAGCCCCCUCCCGCCAAAGGGGGGGUUGAGAGUGCCGCAGGGACCGUUGGCGGCCCCCCCAGGGAGAGGACUCUUUAAAACUUU